GUUCACAUAUUUCUUUCCAUACUUUUGCUCCUCCUUGAUCAUAUUCUCAUUUUUCUUCUUCAACCAUAUAUUCUUGGAAGAAACUCAACGUGUUCACCGAAUGACGUUUCACCAAUGCAAUCUAUAUUCCUUGGAGGAAUCUCCAUAGGUUAUUACUUUGUGGCAGAAAUUUUAAAGAUAUGAUUUUUUGUUUGUAUAUCAAAGAAAAAUGAUAUGAAUUAGAUUGAAUAGGGCGUUACUUGAAGGAUGUCCACAAAGGUGAAAGGGCUUAUAAAAGGGCUUAGGUACAUAUCGCAGAUAUUCGAUGAAGAAAAAGAAGCUGAAAUACAGAUUGGAUUUCCCACAGAUGUAAAGCAUGUUGCCCACAUUGGAUGGGACGGACCAUCUGCAGUUGACAACCCAACCUGGAUGAAUGAAUUCAAAGGAGCGGGAGCUUUAAAAUCAGCACCUCUAGGCCAACCUGUGGAUUCCAAAGAGAACCCAGAGAUCAAAUGGGUUUCUGAAGAUUCGAAGGGAAGACGUGGAAAAUCAGGAAGUAGAGAUGCGGCGGAAGGUAAAAAAUCGUCUAGACGGCACCUUUCUUGCAGUGACAAUGAUGGUGGUGGCGAUUCCCCCAAAUCAUCUAAGCCGCGGCAGUCUAGGAGGCACAAGACUGCCAUCGAGGGGUCCAAGCCCGACGCCGGGCCGGACCCCUCAUUACCGGACGUUCCGAAGAAAUCGCGGCGAAAGAAGUCCCGGGAUUUCAACGUAGAUGGCUCCACCCGAUCGUCGCGAACAUGCAAAAGCUCCGCCACAACGGCUACGGCCGUGACACAGGAUGCCGAUCAAGGAGAGCCUUCCCGAAGAACCAUUGACGAUGAUGACUCAUUGAAACCUCUUGCAAAAGUGGAAGAAGUGGAAAACUGUUGAAGGGCAAUUCCAAUUUUUUGUAGUUAGCGUGACUUCAAAUUAAACCCGACAAUUCCCAAACCCACAAAUCAUUUUUCAUUGUAAAUAACACAUUUUUCGUGUGUUUAAAAGUUAAAACUUUCUUAUCUUUGAAGGUAGAUUCUAUGGUACCUCUAAGGUACUAUACCUUUGUCUACAUAGAUCAAUCAGAAUGAUGCAGUUGAAUUAUUUAAAUAUAAAUUAAAAGCGAUAUAAUGAUUUAGACCAA